AUGGAGCAUAAAUACUUCAACCGUAAACCCGAUGACUGGAACAUUACGGAUUUCCUUAAAGAAUGUGGAGUGGAAUCAUUCAGGGACAGAAUAGGAUGUUACCUUAUGUCACUUGAGAGUAUAAUAAAUAAUGGAAAAGAUGAAUGGACCUUCAAAGCUUUCUGCCAUUCAAGUCUUCAAAGUCGAGCCACGAAGCUAGUGUUGGGACGCAGACAAUCUCAAAGCUUGUCUGACGUCAAGCCUCUAAGCCGACCUGGUGGGAUGAGAAUCAGUAAGGAUUUUCUAAUUCUUUGGAAGCACAAGCGUGAACAAGCUAGACCCUCCGUUCACCUUAAUAAUCCAAUAUUUACGGGAAAUCCUUUGGUUGAAAAUGCUGGAAACAUUAACGGCAGAUCUUCUAUCAAUAAUAUCAAUGAUUAUUUCCCACGACUUGAAACUCAACAUGAAGAACCGUUUGAGGAUGUGAAAAUUAAUGAGGAACCGCCUGUUGUUGGGCUACCGGAUGAUAUUCCAAAGCAGUAUUGCCAAGUCGGGUAUACGACGCCAAUGUCUCAUAGCCCAGCAUUAAACAAUUCACCAGUAGAGCCUCCAAUGCUCGUCGAUCAUAUCAAUAAUCCAUUCUUGGAGAAAGAUGAGGUAGAUGUUAUCUUAAUAAUAGAUGAUGUUGAUGAUCUAUGCUUUAUGGACGGAGACUCAGCUGAUGAUUAUAAGAUAGAAGAGACCAACGUGUCUCAUUUGUUCCGGAACCAUCAGAACAAUUCCAUAAAUAUGCAAAAACAGAAGGUUUAUUUGUUGAUUGAGAUUCACCAACGAAUUAUCCCGACACAGCAAACUGCAUUGGAUUCAGAGUGUGAAGCAAAGUUCAGGGAUGCAAUAAAGCGAGUAACAAAAGAAUCAUUUAGUCAUGCUACGGAUUGGUUGAUGGUUGAACUUUCCAAUAAUAAACCUUUGAAGGAUAAUAUGGGCUUUGUAAUCCUGGACUGUAUAAGGGAGAUGUUGCAUGAUCCCAACAGACACAUUGUUGAAUGGCCCAAUACAGGUCUUGAUGAAAGCAAGGUGAGGAAGUCAGAAGGAAGAUCCAAACAACCAGACUUCGUAGUAUCUGUGAUUCAUCAAUUGCAGACAUGCGGUGUCAUAUUUGUGGGCGAAGGUACGGACUUGAAGGUUUUAGGCUUUCAAUGUGUCGGUAGGAACAAAAUAGACUUCUAUAUGAUGGAUCUCAUCCAAGGAAUGUAUAUGAUGAUCCAUAUCGGCCAAUUAUACAUUCCUUCUUUAAUCAAAGAGAUGAAUUUAUUUGUUAAUGAAAUAGAAACUCUUUUAAGAGUGCGAGAGAUUUUUUGCAAGUCAUUUGAUACUUUAUACAGUAAGCAUUUUAAUCCAAGCCCACCAUCACCAAAGGCAAUCUUCAAACGUAAUACCCUCGGUUCACCAAAAUUUAAUCAACUUACCACAAAAAGAAGAAAUCACGGACGUAACAAACAUGGACGUGGUCAUGUCAAGCCAGUGCGGUGUUCUAAUUGCGCUCGCUGCGUUCCAAAGGACAAGGCUAUUAAACGCUUUACUGUUCGUAACAUGGUAGAAAGUGCAGCUAUUCGUGAUAUUACCGAUGCUUCUGUUUACCAAGUUAGAGUAAGAUCACGCGAAGGUCGUCGUAAUCGUGCUCCACCACCAAGAAUUCGAUAUAACAAAGAUGGCAAAAAGAUUAAUCCUAAUGUUCAACAAAAAGCGACUACAUAA